GUCGUGUAAAAGUACAACUCACUGGAUUUGAUCAUGAAGCUGUUUUGCACGAUAAAACAAGUCCUCAGUACAUGUAUUUCAACGAAGGAAUCGAAACUGCAGUGAAUACUGUCUUCCCUGAUUUUCCAGGAAAACUAAUUGUGACAGAAUUAGAGUUAAGCCGUGGAUCUUUGUUUGCGGUUUUCAUUCUGAUUUCACAGGGAUGGUAUGAUGAAGUAAAAUUACGAAAUUCUCUUGAAAAAGCAAUACAGACGGGCACAUUCGGGUACUUUAAGGUUUCAAUGGAAGGGUUUUGUUUCAAAGCGUUAGAUAAUCCAGUUCCACCACAUAUUGUUCAUGUAGAAACACUCGAUACAACCAUUAGUAUCUUUUGGUCAGAACCGCAGAAAACAUUUUUUAAGACAACUCAUUAUUUGCUGCAAACAUCAACAGACAAUUGGAACACAUACGAAGAAAUUUCAAUUCCUGCAGAUCAAUAUAAAUACUGUAUUUUAAAUAAUGAGCCAUCUACCAAGUAUGCAUUUAAGAUUUUUACUUGUGCUCAAAGUGGAAUGAAAAGCUUACCGAGUGAAAAAAUGUAUACUGUUACUAAAGACAUUUUUCGGGAAAAUGAAGAAGCAUUCUUUCAGCAACUUUGGAAAUUUGUACAUGAAACUGCAUUUUCCGCUGUGAAACAACUGUUUGAGAUCGAAUAUACACAAUCUGAAGUAGAAACGUUUGUAUCUCAACAUGAACUUUCUUCGUUUAAAUCUGGCAAGUUGAUAGGCAGUUUUAACAAUAUAACAGAUGACAUGGAAGUACUUAUGGCUGUUAUGCUGGGACUCGAAGGAUACAUUCCUGCUAUAAAGACGGACUUAGUACUUCCAAAAGACAACAACAUUGAUUUAACAUCAGAUUUAUUAAGAGUAGAGUUUUACCGAAGGACGUUACAGAAUAUCCAUAUUGGUAGAAUAUCCAGGGAGGAAUUUGGAAAAUGCUGGAGAACACUGAAAGAUGCAACAACAAGACUCAAUGUUAAACGUGAGUUAAAACACAAGAAAGACCAAGUCUUGGAUGUCACAAUGCAUGAUGUAGAGAAAACUCGAGAAGAAAGCAAUGCAUCUCUUGAUUUUCAUCAGCUUGUAAUUGAGGCAUGGACUGAAGAGGAUAAAAGAUUUCAACGUACAGCAGUGGUAAAUGACAUCCUUGAAGCACUGAAAACGGUUCACUGUAUUACAAUAACAGGGGAGGCUGGUGUUGGGAAGACUGUUACAAUGCAUCAUGUAGUACUACGAUUGAAAGAUCAAUAUGACUUUUGUAUAAUUCCAUGUACAAAUACAACUGAUAUUAAGCUCUUUUAUAAAAAUGAUAGAGACCAGAUUUUUGUUUUGGAUGAUAUUUGUGGGAAAUACACGAUUAAUCAUAGUAUGCUAAGUGAUUUUAUUGAUAACAAAACCAGCUUCAGUCUGUUUAUGAAAAAAGGAAAAGCAAAAUUCAUUACAACAUGUAGAACACAAAUUUUUCAAGAAAAGAAAUUUCAGAAGAUAAAGUACCUAACAGGAACAUCAUUUGAUUUAUCACAUCGUUAUUCAUUAACAGUCCAAGAAAAGCUUUCAAUAGCCAAUGAAUAUUUGGAAACAAGAGUAGUAGAACAAAUAAGGGAUGGUAUAGAACAUUAUUCGUUUUUCCCAUUGCGAUGCAAAUUAUAUAAUGAAAAUCCUGUUCCAAACCCCAAUAAGUUCUUUGAUAAUCCCUUUGAUAUUUACAGCAAAGAACUAAACAGGCUUUUUUACGAAAAGGACAGAACGAAAUAUUGUGCUUUGUUUGUAUGUGUUGUUCUCAAUGGUACUAUCAAUGAAAAUGUGUUAACUGAAGAUAAACUACAGGAAAGAAGUGCCAUGACAAACACUUUAAGAAAUGUUUUUGCAGAGUUCAGUGUUGACAGUAGAUUUAUUAUUGAAAGUUUAGACUCUUUUGUUGGUGUUUACUUAAAGAAAGAAAACACUAAGUACUACGCGAUUCAUGAUGCAAUGUUUGAUUUUAUUUGCUCCUAUUUUGGGAGAAAAAGUCAAGGACAUUUCAUUCAGUUUUCACAUGUGAAUAUCUUAAUGAAUCGUACAAAACUACAGUUGUCCAAAACAAAGGACAGUGAGGUUGAUGAAUUCACUGUUCUUAUAUCAAAACAGAAUGCAACAAUGUUUUUCCAACGCAUUGUUAAUGAAAUUGAGAAGGGAGUUAUAGAUGAUGUGCUCUAUAGCAGACAGAUGGAAGAUGCAUACUGUAGGAGAGAAUUCAUUCAAUACUUGUCAAUAAUACAAAAUGUGAACAUAGCAGCAUUAGCAGAAGUACAAGAAAAAUCAAAAAGACUCACCAUAGGAGAAAAACACAACAGAAAUACGUUAUUAUCAGCGGUAUCACAUCUAGGCCAUGAUGAUCUGGCCAGGUUUAUAAUAAAUUACAUCGAUGACAAGAACAAUGAAAACGUGCAAUUUGCAUUACAGCAGGCUUGUGUUGGAGGUGAUUCAUCUGUUGUUCGUACAUUUAUUAAAAACGGAACUGGUCUAAACAACGGUUCUGCUUGGAAUGGUAGGACACCUCUUAUGUAUGCCUGUGAAAAGGGCAAUUUGAACGUGAUCGAGCUGUUAGUAGAAAAUAACGCUAACGUGAACAUCCCUGAUGCAAGGGGUACAACUCCUUUAAUGGUCGCUUCCGGUAAUAAGAGAACUGAAAUUGCAAAGUUCCUAGUUUCAGUUGGUGCUUUUGUGAAUGCUACAGACUACGUUGGUCGUACAUCCCUUAUUACAGCUUGUACAGUUGGAAGCGUCGAUAUUGUAGACUAUUUAAUUGCGUUUGGUGCAGAUGUCAACUUGGCAUUUACAGAUGAAUUGACCAGGUUUACAGAUAUAUUCAGUUCGAUCUCCAAUACUUUUCUCGGUGGAGAAGAAGAUCAAUUCGGUGGAGAAAAUAGUGGAUUUACAGCGCUGCAUAUAAGUUCCCAAUUGGGCAACAAAAAAAUAGUAGAGUUGCUACUUAAAAACGGAACUAAUAUUGACACAAAGAGUAAAGAUGGUUCCACACCCCUCAUGUUUGCAUGUAGAAAUGGAAACAGUGAAAUUGUCCGGUUACUUUUGAAUGCAAACUGUGAAAUACAUAAAACAAACAAUAAAGGUAGAAACGCAUUAAGUAUGGCAUGUGAAAGUAAAUGUUCAACUAUUAUAAAAAUGCUUAUUGAAAUGAAUGCUCAAAUUAACACUCCAGAUGUGGGGGAAAAAAUUCCUUUGCAUUAUGCUUGUCAAUAUGGUAGUAAUUUAGUUGUCAGUGAACUAUUGAAGAAAGGUUCAUUAAUCAACAUGUUUGAUGUUUCUAAUCAAAGUCCUGUUUUUAUAGCAGCUGCUUACGGACAAACAUAUUGUUUGAAAGAGCUUAUUGCAUAUGGUGCUAUGAUCAAUAACACUGACAAGGAAGGCUACACCCCUUUACACAAAGCAUGCUUUGAAGGAUUUGACGAAUGUGUAUCAUUGCUUUUAACAAACUAUGGUAUUGUUAGUAAAACAGACAAAAAAGGAUGGACACCUUUAAUGUAUUGUUGCCAAAGAGGAUAUGAAAAAGUAUUUAAAAUUUUGACUGAGUUUGGAGCAAACGUGAACUAUGUAUGUAGAACUGGAAAUACUCCUCUAACAACAGCAUGUGAAUAUAACAAUCUCAGUCUUGUUAAGCUGCUUAUUGAAAAGGGAGCAAAGUUGGAUCUUCCUGAUAUCAAUGGGGUAACACCUCUUGGGAUUGCAAGUAACCUUGGGCAUGUGAAAAUCGUUCAAUUUUUGAUCUGUGAAGGUUCUGAUGUCAAUAGUGUUGACCUCAAUGGAUGGACUCCUCUGAAAAUAGCUAGUUCAUGUGGACAUCUUAGUGUUGUGAAAGUACUCCUAGAAUCUGGCUGCAAUAUUAAUACAUCAGGCGUCGACGGUUGGACUCCAAUCAAUUCUGCUGUAAAAGGUGGUUAUAUAUCUGUUAUUGAUUUCCUGAUAAAAAAUAAUGCAAACAUCAACAAAACAAACAGGGAAGGGUGGACUCCGUUGAAAGUAGCAUCUUUGUUCGGAAAUAUGAAAAUCAUUAAUUCUUUAAUUGAACAUGGAGCCAUACUCAACCUUUCUGAUAAUGCUGGAUGGACACCAUUGAUGACAGCGUGUUAUCUUAAUCGAAUUUCAGUUAUAGAUACUCUCAUUUUUAAAGGGGCAAAUGUCAAUCAUUCAAGUUCUGAUGGAACAACGCCACUUAUGUUAGGUUGCAAAAAUGGAAAAACAAAAGUUGUAAAUAUUCUUAUUUCACAUGGUGCUAAUAUCGAAACAUCGGACAAAAAUGGACAGUUCCCAUUAAAAAUAGCAUGUCAGUAUAGACAUAAAUCAGUACUUGAAAUGCUGAUAAACUAUGGAGCAUCUGUUAAUAAAUGUGACAAUCAUGGUGAUUCGGCUUUAAAGGUUGCCUCUUCAAAAGGUGAAUUAUCAAUAAUUAGAACUUUAAUAAAUGCAAAGGCAGAUGUCCAUAUAUUGGAUGAAAAUGGAAAUCCACCACUUUCUGAAGCAUGUAAAAGCGGCAAUUUAGAGGUUGUUCGUUUACUUAUACAGUGCGGAUCAAAUAUGUCAAAAUCAAACCAUGAGGGUUGGACACCACUUAUGUUAGCAAUGAAGAAUAACUAUGCAGCAAUUGUAACAUACCUCAUUAGAAAAGGUUGUUUCCUAAACAACUCCUCUUUGUUUUUGGCAUGUGAAAAUGGAAAUAUUGCAAUCACCAAAUUUUUGAUAAAAAGCGGUUUUGGCAUUAAUGCUGAGAACAGAAAUAGUUUAACACCGUUAAUGAUUGCAUGCAUGCAUAAUCACUAUGACCUUAUAGAUUUUCUGACUGCAAUGGGUGCUACAUUAAGUAAUGAGAAGGACAUUCUCCAUUUGUUUCUUACCAGUUGUGAUGAGGAAGGUUAUACUAUGCUUACGAAGGCAUGUCAAACUGGACGAGAACAAUUAGUGCAAUUGUUUUUGCAGAAUGGAGGGAAUCCAAGUGUCGUAGACAAAAACGGAUGGAGUCCCAUCACCAGAGCAUGUUUUGGUGGCCAUAAGACAACCGUGCAAUUGUUAAUCGAUAGUGGUGCUGAUAUAGACCAAGUGGAUAACAAUGAGCAAAUGCCGUUGUCAGUAGCCAUAGACAGAAACAACAUCGAUGUUGUAAGGCUUAUAAUCAGAUCUUCUCAUGUUAAGUUGGAUUUAAAUGCUGUCGACAAAAAAGGCUGGACACCAUUAAUGAAAGUGUGUAGAAAAAAUGGUAAGGCAUCAUUAGCACAUCUUCUAAUAUCAAUUGGUGCUAGUAUUAACGGAACAGGUAUAAAUAACCUCACUCCUCUAGAUAUUGCAUGUGAAUCUGAAAACUGGGAAUGCCUUGACUUUCUUCUAGCACAUGGUGCUGUAUUUAGAAAGGAUUCAAAGAUAAGAAAUUCUAAGAUAAACAGUCCACAAUUUCUUACGUCAGCAUGCAAAGGUGGAUACAAGCAUGUGUUAGAAUCAUUUUUGGGAUAUGAGUACGACAUUGACAGCAAUUUCGGUGAAGAUUUGUCUCUCUUAAUGUUAGCAUGCCUGGGAGGACACUCUUCCGUUGUUGAUUUCUUAUGUGGUAAGAAAGCCAGUGUUAAUAAACAAAAUAGCAAUGGACUAUUUCCUGUCAUGAUAGCAUCCCUUGGAAAACAUAUCAACAUCAUAAAUAUUUUAGUUGACCACGGAGCAAUUGUGGAUGCAUAUGACAAAGAUGGAAUCACUCCGCUUAUGAUUGCGUGUCAAAAAGGGGCAAUUCAGGUCAUUAAAACACUUUUAAGUAAAGGAGCAGAUAUAAACCUUGAAAUCAAAGGAAACAGUCCUAUAGGUAUCGCAUGCGAGGCAAAGCAGUACGAAGCAGUCAAUUACCUUUUAGGAGCAGGAAUUGAUAUGAGUAACAAUACUUUUGUAAAAAGCUUUUUAUGUGAACAUGAAAGGGAUGGCAAAGAUCUAUUAACUAUCUCUUGCAAAUACGGAUUUGAAAAGAUAAUAAGUUAUAUAAUGAAAGAAAACAGUUUAACAAUUAAGCAAUGUAAAAAUUGUCUGUUGGUAGCUUGUAAAUAUGGACAAGAAGCAGUUGUGUCUCUGCUAGUAGAACAUGGAGCUAAUGUCAAUAUAGAAAAUGCAAAUAAAUCUUCUGCAUUGUUUCUAGCAAGCAAUGGUGGUUAUAGCAAAAUUGUAAGCAUAUUAAUUAAAGCAAAAGCCGAUCUCAACAAGGCUAACUAUAAAGGACAAACCCCUUUGCGCACUGCCUGCUUAGGUAAUCAUACUGAUGUAGUGAAGGCCCUCUUAGACAAUAAUGUCAACGUUAAUAUAAGUAGUAAAAAAGGAGAAACACCAUUGGGAAUAACUUGCAAAUUAGGUAAUAACUUCUUGGCAAAACUUCUUAUUGAUAAUGGUGCUGAAAUAGAAGCAUGUGAUGCCAUUGGUUGGAAUGCUUUAAUGAAAGCGUGUAAAAAUGGUCAUGAAAAAAUCGUGAACGACUUAUUUGAAGAAGGAUCGUCUGUAAACGCUGUUUCAAAUGAUGGGUCUACACCGCUGAUUGUUGUUUGCCAAUCUGGUCAUACUAAGAUAGCUAAAUAUCUAAUUGAAAGAGAAGCUGACAUUAACCAAAAAGACAAAAAGGGCAGAUCACCUUUGCAAGUAGCAUGCAUUGAUGGUCAUGCCUCAACAGUACUGUUGCUUCUGUCAUAUGGGGCAAUGGUUAAUAGUAAGGACAACGAUGGUUGCACAUCUCUAAUAUCAGCAAGCAAAAAUGCAAACAACAAGAUAAUUGAAAUGUUAUUGGAUUAUGGGGCUAAUGUCAAUGAUGUAAAUAUGAAACUGCAGACACCUUUGAGUACUGCAUGUGAAAAUAAACGUCUAGAAAAUAUCAAAGUAUUACUUCGUGCAAAUGCAGAUAUAUCAAUUGCUUCAAGAAAUGGUGAGACACUUUUGCAUGUAGUUUGUAAUGUGAACUGGGGUACAACUUUCUAUAUUUUGAACAAAAUGAUAAGUUUUGUUGAUCUAUUCUCUACAAAGAUCCCUAUGUUUUUAAGUUAUGACUCGACAUUAAGUGACACGUUAAGAUUCGAACUUGAUGAAGAAUCGUCUAUUGAUCAAAUGUCUUGUAUUAUAAUCGAACUUCUGCUGAAUCAUGCGUAUUCAUUGGAUAUAGACAAGGCUGAUGUCAGAGGACAAACAGCACUAAUGACAGCAAGUAGAUUAGGACGAAUAAAGAUUGCAAAUUUGUUGAUAAGUAAAGGGGCUAAUGUUAAUAAAAGAGACAUUGAUGGCAGAACUGCUCUUAGUCUAGCAUGUAUGGAUUUUCAUGUUCAAACAGUCGAGUGUCUUCUAGAUAAUGGAGCGGAAAUUGACAUAGUGGAUUAUAAACAUGAAACACCACUCCUAAUUGCAUGCAACUAUAAUCUAUUUUCGACAGUAAUCAAUGUCAAUAUUGAUCGUACAAAACGAACGGAAAAUCAACUUAACGUAAUUCAGUUGUUAGUUAAACAUAAUGCUAAUGUUAAUAAAUGUGACAAAAAUGGUGAAAGUCCUUUAAUGUUGGCGUGCAGGUGGCAUUCCGUUGACAUUGUUAAAAUCCUCAUCAUUAAUGGAGCAGAUGUCUUGCAAAAAAAUAAGCGUUCUGAAAGUUCACUAUUCUAUGCAUGCAUGAGAGGAAAUUUAGAAGCUGUUCGUGUCCUAAUUGAAAAAGGGGCUGAUCUUUGUUUAGUCAAUGAGGAUGAUGUUACAGUUCUAAAAUACACCUGCGACAGUAUGUGUUCAGUUUUUCGCGUACAUCUGGACACAUUUGGAGAUUUGCGUUUAAAUCUACUCCCAGAAAAUCAUUGUGAUGAUUCAUUAAUGCAAUAUGGUCCAAAAAUAGAUUACAUCAGUAUAGUUAAAACACUUAUAGAAUAUGGAGUUGAUAUAAAUAAAGCAGACAUUCUUGGAUGGACCCCAUUAAUGGCGGUCUGCAGGCGUGGUUUUAGACAUAUCGUAGAUAUACUAAUCAUGCAUGGAGCAGAUGUCAAUAUCGCAACAGCUGAUGGACUGAAUGCCCAUAUGAUUGCAUGUAUUGGUGGAAAUGUCGAAGUAGUAUCAAUUCUGACCAAAACAUCAGAUAUAAAUGUAACUUCAAAUAAUGGGUGGAGUUCAUUAAAGUAUGCUUGCAAAUACGGCCAUAAGUCGAUAGUCGAAUUUCUUUUAAAAAAUGGUGCACAUGUAGAUCAAAGUGACCAGGACGGAUGGACACCACUAAUGAAUGCAUGCCACGAUGGGCAUACCGAAAUAGUGCAGACAUUGCUAAAGUAUAAAGUAGAUGUCAACAGAUACAGUUUGGAUAAAUGGCAUCCACUUAAAUUGGCAAAUAAGGGUAACUUUAAGCGUAUUGAGCAUUUGUUGAUAGAACAUGGUUCAUGUAUUAGUGAAGACGAAGACGUGACAGACGAGGAUUAAAACCACACAAACAAUUUCAUUGAACACAUUAUAAUUAUAAAUAAUGUAUAUGUAUAAUAUUAUUAGUAACAUAGUGUGCUAGUGACCUAAUACGAUAUAUAUGGGGUCAGUAAAUUCCAUAUGGGGUGAGAGCGAAGCUCGAAUCUCCAUAUGGAAUUUACUGAUCCCAUAUAUAUCGUAUUAGGUCACUAGCACACUAUGUAACGAAUUUAUCUUACCGACUAUCUUAACAUGUGGUAUUUAGACUAGUGGCCUAUCAAAGUGAUCAAGCCUUCAAUACCGUUAAUAUUAAGAACCUACUUCCAUUGGGCUAUACAAAAACAAAUGCCAACAAUAACAACUUGUUAGCUUUAAAUAUGUUUUAUGAAUUUAUUUCAAUCGUUCAUCAUCAAUUUCAUCGUCUGUUGAAACCUUUAAGAUUUUUCCUCAACUUUAUAAAGGGACAUAACACCACUACUAACCGUGUAUUGAAAUAAGCCCCGCCUUCUAACCUAAUAUGGAACCCUACUAACCUAAUAUGGAAUAUACACGGUCUCCACGCGGUUGCUUUUAACCAAUCAUAUUCCUAGAAAUGUACAGGAGGUAAGAUAAAUAUGUAUAUAUCGACAGAUGUCAGUGUUAGUAAUGAAAAUAUUGUCGCUGUCGUUGGGGAAAUCAGGAAACAUGAUAGUUAUGAAACCUAUUUUUUUCUCAAACAAAAUGUCUAGAUGUCUUCAGAUUUGUGCAACAAUACUGAAAAAAGAUAACAAACUAUUCGAACAAGAUCAAAUGAAAUCGUAAAUGGCUUUCAUCAUGGUCAGUUCCUUUACAAAAUUUGAUAAAACAUGUGUUGUGGUGUUAUAUUAAACACUGUAUUGUCGUUAGACGGUCAGAUAUGUAUUAAAUUAGAUGCCUGGCUGUUUUCUAGACUUUUUCUAAAGAUUCACAGUUGAAUAAGAAUUAACGUAUACCCAUGUUAGAGUACUGUGAAAACUAAUUAAGCAUCUUGUUACAAUGAACUAUGUUUUGAAGAAAAAAAUAGUCUACUUUGUA